UUUCAAUUCAAUUCAAACGCAGUUUGCAACGCCCUCUCAUUCUAUAGCAAGCUACUGUCAGCUGUGAUCAGCUGUUCGGUUUAUUCGCUAUUAAGUCAACAUACUAUCUUGAUAUAUUUAACGUUUUUCCAAUUAAUCUGGAUUGUUUUUGAUUCUUCCGGAGAUAAUAAUUCUAUAUAUAUGUACGGAAAAUAUGAGUGACGGGGGCCAAAGGCUAAGUGGGCACGCAUAUAAAAAGCGUGCUCUCGAGAAAAAUAAUAAGGAGAAGGAAGUUUUGAACAAGACUCCAAAAUUACAUAAUUGUUUCACGAAAAAACAUGGUACAGAAGAGAAAGCUGGUCCGGAAAAAGAUUGUUUAGUCUUAGAGAACAAAGAUGACAACGAUGUGACUGUUAAAUUUUUAAGUAACAUAUCACUAUUUCACCCUGAUGCUUCUACAAAAGAGAAAGAAGAAAUUAAAAAUCUAGCUACGAGCGACGAAACAACAGAUAUCAAGUCGAACGAGAAAAUGAUGAAUGACGAUCCAGGAACCUGGAUAAUUAGUGACUUUAUCAGAGAUUACGUAGCGGAAAAUGGAUGCAGUCAGAACAAAAACCUCGAUUUUUCUAUCACAGAAAGAGUUUAUAGCGAUGGAAAGGCUCGCAAGUUGACUGAAACAUUAUUCGAGAGAAAACUGCUCAAUGGUGAAAAAGUCCAACGCCCUUGGCUUAGUUAUUCAGCAAGUAAGAAGUCUGUUUAUUGCGUUACCUGUCUUCUGUUUGAUGCAGAUUGGAGGCAUGGAGGAGCUCGUUUAGCAGAGCAUGGGAAUUCGAAAAAUCACAUAAAAAAUAUGACGAUCCUCAAGUACGAAAAGUCAGACGUGAUCGCAUUUAAGGUGAUGUGUAAAAACUUCAUCUCAUAAAAGCAAUCAUUCCUUUUUUUGCUCAUCUAAUAAAGAUUGAUAAUAUGUUUAGGUAAGU